CAAUCUUUUUUUCAAUAAGCAAAAGUUAUACAAACUACAGAACAGAUAAAUAUGGGUAAACCAAAGAAGAAGAAGAAUAAAGCUGGUGCUAAAGUUAAAAGCAAGAAGAAAGAUGAGAGUUUGAAUGGACUGAACUUUUCAGUUGAUGACCUACUUGAAAAGGUGGAAGAAUACAUUGAAAGUUUUAAUUUUGAGUUGGCUGAAAAAUUUUGUGACCGUGCUUUAGAGAUGUCUCCGGACAAUCUUCAGGCCUUAAAUAUGGCAGCUUCAGUGUAUCUGGAAAUUGGGAAAAAUGAUGAAGCUGUUAAUUGUCUACAGCACGCCAUAGAGAUUGAGCCUGAGAAAGGGUUCAGUAAAUAUAUGACUCUUGGUGAACUUCUAGAAGGCGAAGAAGCAGUGAAGUGUUUGAAAAAAGGGGUCGAGUUGAUGAUUGCUGAGAAAGAAUCAGGCGAAAAGGAAAAUGUGUCUAACAGUGACAGCGGUGCUGAAAAGGUGGAAAUUUUAGAUCGAGAUAUUUCAAACGCGCUUUGCUCACUAGCAGAAAUAUACCUCACCGAUUGCUGUUUCGCAGCCAAUGCGGAAACGACAUGCAGGUUGUAUUGUGAAAAAGCAAUAGAACAUGAUCCAAACAACCCGGAGGCUUAUCAAGUCAUGGCUAAUUUUCUCUUGAGUGAACAGAAAAGCGAGGAGGCAAAAGAAACUUUGUUGAAAGGAUUCAAUCUUUGGCAUGGCUGCGAUGAUCCAACUUUAAAGAGUGCUAGGAUGCCUUCAUACGAAUCAAGGAUAUCACUUUCAAAAAUGUUAAUAGAGGUGAACGAGUUGGAUAAUGCUUGCAGUGUGCUAGAGGAACUUUUGUCGGAAGAUGAUGAAAUUGUUCAGGUUUGGUAUUUGCUUGGCUGGAUACAGUACUUAAAAGAGCAAGAUUAUAACUUAGUUGUGUAUUACUUGGAAAUGGCUCAAAAGCUUUUUAUUCAAACUGGAUGUGACGACGAACCAUUGCUGGAACAUAUUGAUGAACUUUUAUCUGAAGUAAAAGUUAAAACAAACAAUGACAGCGUUGAACAAGAUGAUAAUAACGAUACAGAUGAUGACGAUGAUGAUGAAUUAAAUUCAAUGGAUACGACCGCGUGAUCUUACACAUAUCAAGAAUAGUCAACAAAGAUCAAACGUUUUGGAGCGACACUUCAGGAGGUGCAUGCAAGGGGGGGGGGGGGUGUAGAACACGCCCUCUGGUCAGUAAGUCGGCAAAUUUUAUUUAUAGUCGUCAAAAUUUGAGAUCAGAAAGGGCUUUUACAUCUCACCGCCGAGAGUACGUGAGUUUAUAUAAAUCUAACAAGAUGGGCUGGUUUUUGAGUCUUACUGAUAUUACUCACUGUAGCCGAUUAAACAUUUUAAAUCCCCAUGGAACGGCUGGUGGUAGUCCAGAGGCUCUACGUUCAAAAAUAUGUAGGAUCAAUUUGUAUAGCACAGUGUAACCGUACAGUCAAUGGCAUGUUAAAUAUCUGGUCUCUGGCUAAUGAACACACUGAAUUAGCUUCAGUUUCCCGCUAUUACUCUACCUGAAUUAUUUGCUGUAAUUAAAGUCUAUUAACCGUGGGUGCAUGCUUGUUGACGCGUUUGAAAAUUCAGAAGUAUAAUCAAUACCGAAAGGUUCCCUUGUAUAUGGGAGUAUACUUGUAUAGCACUGUCCUGUAACCGUGUUUAAUUAAAGACGCAGCAAUUA